AUGUCAACCUCAAAUUCCAGCACUACCCUGUCCUCCACAUUCUAUCUCACAGGUAUCCCUGGCUAUGAAGAAUUUCACCACUGGAUUUCCAUCCCAUUCUGUCUUCUCUACCUUGUUGGAAUAAUGGGCAAUUGCACCAUUCUGCAUAUUGUCUGGACAGACACCAGACUCCAUGAGCCCAUGUACUACUUCCUGGCCAUGCUUUCUCUUACUGACAUGGGAAUGUCCCUGCCCACAAUGAUAACACUCUUCAGGGUGUUGUGGUCCAUUUCCAAGAAGAUUCAGUUCAGUAUCUGCGUGGUACAAAUGUUUUUCAUCCACACUUUCUCCUUCACUGAAUCGUCUGUGCUCUUGGCCAUGGCCUUGGACCGGUAUGUGGCUAUCUGUCACCCUCUGCGAUAUGCAACCAUUCUUACCCCAAAACUUAUCACCAAGAUAGGAAUUGCAGCCCUACUCAGGAGUGCUAUUGCAAUGAUUCCACUUCUAGCUCGUCUGGCUUUCUUUCCCUUCUGCCACUCCCACAUCCUGUCUCAUUCCUAUUGUCUACAUCAGGACAUGAUCCGCCUUGCCUGUGCUGACACCAAGUUUAAUGUUGUAUAUGGGUUGGUCCUGGUCACUGUCCUGUGGGGCAUGGACUCGCUGGGUAUUUUAGUAUCUUAUGUUUUCAUCAUUAUCUCAGUGUUAAGAAUUGCAUCCCAUGAGGGGAGGCUUAAGGCCCUCAACACAUGUGCAUCCCAUAUCUGUGCUGUACUCAUUCUAUAUGUGCCUAUGAUAGGGCUGUCUAUUACCCAUCGUUUUGUCAAACACUCCUCCCCGCUUAUCCACAUCUUCAUGGCUCAUAUGUACUUAUUAGUUCCACCUGUGCUCAACCCAAUCAUCUAUAGCGUGAAGACCCAGCAGAUCCGUCAAGGAAUCCUCCACUUGUUUUUCCUUAAAAAGAUCAGUUCUACUGUGAAGUAGGCAUGUCCUCAAGACAAUAAUUGCAUCAGUACUAAGGAAGUAAAUUCACAGUGAUUUUUCUGCUCUAGGUAUGUUGGAAUGGGUUGUUGACUAAAGACUACUUAGAGAGCAGACGUAGAGUCAACAGGGAAUUCACAAGUGAGGUUC